UGUUUACUGAUAGUUUGCGGACAAUUCGAAUUAUUUUUUAGUCAAAUAAUUGAUUUGUUGCUGAUUUUUAAACACUCCUGUGCUAAGCGUUGAGUAUGAAUAGUUCGACAGUGCAACAAUUGGCUGACAACUUUACCCGGUACAAGUCAAACAAGCAAGAAUCGCUCUCUUAUGACGAAUUUCUAGAACUUGACCAUAACAUGGCUUUGACUUUACUUCCCGUGGCUGUAAUUAUGUCAGUCUUAAUGAUCCUAGGAAUUAUGGGUAAUCUUGCGGUGUGUUAUAUUUACCUCUUCAGAUGGAAGAAAAAAACUGUUAAAUAUUUUGUUGGAUUCUUAGCAGCGUACGACUUAUUAACUUCUGUAAUUUGUAUGCCCAUUGAGAUAGCUAUGCUCCAACAUCCGAUUACUCUUGAUGACCCCCAUCUCUGCAGAUUCCAACGAUUUACUCGUUCUGUGACGUCACUGGGAGCCGGGUUAAUGCUAGUGGUGAUUGCAGUUGACCGAUACAUGAAAAUCUGUAGGUUGGCAAGAAGUCAGAUUCAGAUUCCAUUAGCAAAGAAAUUAUGUUCGUCAACAGCAGUUGUUGCGUUAUUAUUUUCGUGGCCAUGUCUAAUCAUAUUCGGACAGUCCAACAAAAUGAAAUCCCCAAUUGCAGAAACAUCAUGUCCCCUAAAUAGAGAAUAUUCGGACACGCCUUAUCCAGCACUGUACUACGGCAUGGUUGCUGUUCUCUUUCUGAUAAUAUCAUUGUGUCUGCUCAUAUUUUACUCUUUAGUCUUGAACAAAUUGUGUAGAUAUUCAGCAACGGGGAUAGGAAAUAAAACAAAUAAUCAGAUCACCGAGAGAUAUAAAACAAAUACAACAUCCUCUUCUCCAGAAAGUCUGCCGGAUGACUCUACCAAUCUUAACACAAACGUCCAAAAUUGGUCCCAGCACAAAUCUUCUCCCGUUCAGCCUAAACCUGUAAAUUCCAUGUCAAAUACGAAAAAAAUUGAAGUUACUCCACAUACGCGAACUUCCAGUCAAAAUCGAAUGAGAAGAACUACCAUAAUGUUGUUGUUAAUUACCUUUAUACAGUGGACAAGUUACUUCCCGUAUUUUGGUUUGCUUUUUGCUAGAAGAUUAAAUGCUGAUUUCAUACUGGAUAUGUCAGUAGAUUCACAAAUAUUCUACAACAUUGGAGUAAGGUCUCAUUUUCUCAGUUGUGGAAUCAAUCCCUUUAUGUACGGAUUUUUAAGUCGAGACUUUCGUGAAGAGUUUCACAAGUCUUUUCUGUCAAUUAAGAAUACAAUAUUUUAAAUUAAAGACUUUCAGUAUUUUUCAAUACGAUUAAUAUAAAAAAAACUAUAUCUUAUAAAUUUUGUUAAAGUCGAAGAUAACAAAAUUCAUACAUUCUUUACAAUUGUUAUACUAGUAGCUAUGAUUUCUAAUGGAUUUUCUCUGUAAAUCAAUCUCUCAUAGGUAAUAGA